AUUUUUCAAUAUGCGCAUACCGUUACUGAGCUCCUUUAAACUCCAGUUUACUCCUUCAAUGCUUCGCCCUCAACUGACUUGUUCUACCCUCCUGCCAAGAGUAUUUCUUUGGUAGUUAUCACUGGCUAAGUCACUCAAACACGACGGUUAACGGGCUUUGUUUUACCAUUCCUAAGCAUAACAGCCUCUAAGACAGUCUUUCCUUCUCAGUUUGGCGUGGAUGGAGGACCAAGAUAAAUUUUCAGAGAAUUCAAGAGGCAGUGAAAGUCAUUCAACGCAACACAAAACGUUAUUUUGCGUUAAAGCGACUACAAGAAGAGUGUAACGUAAAAUUGAAAAGCGACACAUCGACAGAAGAAUUCUUCAACGAAACCUUUCCAGAACAGAACCCUGCGCUAAUGGCUAACUCGCCUCUGAACUUUCCAACUUCUUCGCUGCCGCAAUGUGUUUCACCCGCCAAGACGACAAGUCGCCAUUUUGGGUUCCUUUCUAGUUUACUCUCACGCGCAGGAUCUUGGUUUGACCCACUGGAAACAAAACCCGACAAAUUUACACCGGAUAAUUAUUUUUCGGCGCCAUGUGCUGGACAAAUGACUUUCAACUUCACCAGAGGGCAUAUAAGUCCUCUAGCCAUGUUGAUGUGUAAUUUCAGUCCCGCAAAACCGCGGGUUGACGAUGCGGACAAACUGAGCUUAACGAUGCUGUCAGUCAAUAAAUCAUCGGCCAUUAUAUCACGCCGAGAUAUCGAAAAGAUGCCAGUAGCAUUUCACUGCAAAGGUACCCCUCUACCCCACGCUAACAGGAGACCACAUUCGGCAACCACAACCAACAUGGUAAUAACUUCCACUGGUAUACGUAAUAGCAAUUUUUUUAGCGACAACUAAAUAUAGACUUGGAGUCCUUCCCCUCCCCCUCCCUGGCCUAUGACUGCGCCCUACACAGAGAAUAAUACAAGGAAUUCCGUCAAAGGAUAUGCUCGACAGAGAGGUCGUAAGUGAAAUGAAACCUCUCGCACCUUAGGUAAAUUGGCAAAAAGGACUACCUCUUCUUCCUUAACCGUAACAAGGGAGGCUCAUUCGCCAUGUUUGUUCAGUGUUAUAUUCCUCUAGCAAGUUGGUGUCUUAUCCUUUCAAUGU